AUGGAGAAAAAUGGAACCAAAGAUGCAAAGACGAAGGCUGUGAAUCAAAAGAAGAGAAGUCUUCCAGAGACAGACGUUGAUGUAUCUAGUAAUAAAAAACAGAAGAUUGUGGAGGAGGAGAUUGUCGCUCUACACUUAACAGCUUCUCCGCAGAGCGAUGAACCUCGUCAAACCAGGAGGCUCACUGAUUUCUCUCUACAUGAUAUAAAUGGAGUUCCACAGCCACUGGAGAUGUUGGAGGUCAAAGACAUUUUCAUCGGAGGUGUGAUCUUGCCUUUAGAUGAAUGUUCCGUCAAGGAGAAAGCAAAGGGCGUGAGGUGUCCAUCUUUCGGACGGGUUGACGAGUGGACCAUGUCUGGCUACGAAGACGGCUCUCCCGUGAUUUGGAUAUCGACCGAUUUGGCCGACUUUGAGUGUGUUAAACCUGCUAGAAGCUACAAGAAGAUGUAUGACUAUUUCUUACAGAAGGCGUUUGCAUCAAUAGCUGUUUAUAAGAAAGUCUCCAAGUCUGCUGGCGGGAAUCCCGACACGAGUCUCGGUGAGUUGCUUGCGGCGGUUGCAAGGUGCAUGAUCGGAACAAGCAAAUGCUUUUCUAGCGUUGCGGCUGUCAAAGAGUUUGUGAUAUCUCAGGGAGAGUUCAUAUAUAACCAGCUCGCUGGUUUGGACGAGACGGCCAAGAAACACGAGGCAAGAUUUGUGAACAUUCCUGCACUCGUCGCUCUCAGAGAUGAGAGUAGCAAAGGAGUCUUGACGUCUGAUCAAGUAGUUGAUGACGUGGAGAGAAAAUAUGCUAAGCUUUUACAAGAUGAAGAGUAUAGGAAGUCUAUGCAAAGGAGGCCAAGGAAAAACAAGAAGUCAUCAUCAGCUUCUGCUUCAAAUGGUUUUUACAUGAAAACCAAUGAAGAUGAUAUUGCCGAGGACUAUCCUCUCCCAUCUUAUUACAAGAACUCCCAAGACGAAACAGAUGAGUUUUUAAUGUCUGAAUGCUAUGAGGUUACUGGCAGUGAGGACCUACCUCGCAUGCUUCUUAAUAAUUGUACGCUUUACAACUCUGAUUCAAGGUUGGUAUCUCUGGAGCUUCUUCCGACGUCGAAGCCUUGUGCUGAUCUUGGUGUAACUAUUUUUGGAUCUGGUUUGGUUACUGCGGAUGAUGGAAGCUGGCUUUGUCUCGAUGAUUCGGACAGUACCUCUACACAGUCACAUGAUCGUGAUGGGACCCCUGUCUUCCUCGGUAAAAUAAAGGAAAGGAGGAUUGAGUUUGUGUCUUCAAAGCUCUCCAUUUCAUUACGAACAGAUGUAGCCUGGUAUCGACUUGGGAAACCGUCAAAGCAAUACGCACCUUGGUAUGAACCUGUUAUGAAAACAGCUAGCGUUGCGGUCAGCAUUAUUAAUCUGCUGAAGGACCAAACCAGAAUGUCUAGGCUAUCAUUUCAAGAUGUCAUCAAAAGAGUGUCCGAGUUCCAAGAAGACGACAAGGCUUUUGUUUCUUCUGAUCUUGUGGCUGUCGAGAGAUAUAUUGUUGUUCAUGGACAAAUCAUCUCGCAGAUUUUUGCAGAAUAUCCUAACGAUGAUAUCAAAAAGUGUUCAUUUGCUAUUAGUCUUGCAAGUAAGAUGGAGCAUAGGCACCACACAAGAUGGGCCAUCAAGAAGAAGAAGAAUAAAUCUUUGCAGAAAGAGAAUCUGAAUCCAAGGGCAGGUGUCGCACCUGUGAUAUCCAAGAGGAAAGCUAUGCAAGCAACAACAACUCGCCUGAUCAACAGAGUUUGGGGUGAGUAUUGCUCCACAUCUCCAGAUGAUUCAGUGCAGGCGAUUGGUGCUGAAAAUGAGGAUAAGGAGUUAGAAGAAGAAGAAGAAGAAGAAGAAGAAGAAGAAGAAGAAGAAGAAGAAGAAGAAGAAGAAGAAGAAGAAGAAGAAGAAGAAGAAGAAGAAGAAGAUGAUGAUGAUGAUGAUGACGUAGAGGAAGAAGAGGCUGUUGAGUUUGAAAAUUCUCAUACUCCUCCAAGGAGAAUACGAGGCAGUUCUGGAGAAAUGGAAAUCAGAUGGGAUGGAGAGAUUCUAGGGAAAACUUCUGCUGAUGAGCCUCUCUAUCGACAAGCCCUAGUUGGAGGGGAAAUGGUGGCUGUAGGUGGUGCUGUAAUCUUGGAAGUUGAUUAUCCAGAUGAAGUUCCGGUCAUCUACUUUGUUGAGUACAUGUUUGAAAGUUUAGAUGAUCAGUGCAAAAUGCUGCAUGGAAGACUCCUACAAAGAGGAUCCGAGACUGUUCUAGAGAAUGCUGCUAACGAGAGGGAGCUAUUCAUGACCAAUGAAUGCAUGGAUAUACAGCUAAAGGACGUAAGAGGAAUAGCUAGUCUUGAGAUUCGGUCAAGGCCAUGGGGACAUCAGUUUCGGAAAGAUAACACCACUGCGGAUACCCUUGACCAGAAAAGAGCGAAAGAUAGAAAAGCCAGAGGCCAGCCCACAGAAUACUACUGCAAGAGUUUGUAUUCACCAGAGAGAGGGGCCUUCUUUAGUCUUCCACGAGGUGAUAUAGGAAGUGGUUAUGGUUCUUGCAAUUCAUGCAAGAUAAGGGAAGAGGAAGCGGAAAUAUCAAAAAUUAAACUGAAUCUUUCAGAAACCGGAUUUGUCUCCUGUGGGGUUGAUUAUUCUGCUGGUGAUUAUGUAUAUGUCAAUCCUGAGAACAUUGGGUUAAAAGCUUUUGUUGUUUGCCAUUUGCUUGAAAUCAUUGUCCCCAAUGAGUAUAUCAAUAGUUCCUUUGAGGUAAGAGUGAAGAAGUUUUAUAUGCAUGAAGAUAUCUCUGAAGAGAAGGCUUAUGCUUCACAUAUCCAAGAGCUGUAUUACAGUGAGGACAUAGUUGUUGUUCCUCCAAUGGCUAUAGAGGGAAAGUGUAAAGUAAGGGAGAAACAAGAUAUUCUCUCACACUGUCAAUAUCCCACAGUAGAUAAUAUAUUCUUCUGUGAAUAUUUCUAUGACUCAUCCAAAGAAUCUCUCAAGCAGUUGCCAUUCAAUAUCAAGGCCAACUUCUCCACCACUAAGGAAGACACUCUUUUGAGAAAUAAAAAGGGGAAGGGAUUAGAGAGUGAAACUGAUGAUUCUGGAAUUGUGAAGCCUAAUGAUGUACAUGAGGAGAGGCGUCUGGCUACACUAGAUAUUUUUGCUGGUUGUGGUGGCAUGUCUUGGGGACUGGAGCAGGCAGGUGUAACUCAAACAAAGUGGGCAAUCGAGUAUGAAGAGCCAGCUGGGCAGGCUUUUAAGCAAAACCAUCCUGAAUCAACAGUUUUUGUCAACAACUGCAAUGUGAUUCUUAGGGCCAUAAUGGAGAAAUGUGGAGACCAAGAUGAUUGUGUCUCUACUACAGAGGCAAAUGAUCUCGCAGCUAAACUGAAUGAGGACCAAAAGCGUACUCUACCACUUCCUGGUCAAGUGGAUUUCAUCAACGGAGGCCCUCCAUGCCAGGGAUUUUCUCGUUUGAAUAUGUUCGACCAAACAUCAUGGAGUAAAAUUCAGCGAGAAAUGAUAUUAGCAUUCUUAUCAUACACUGAUUAUUUACGGCCAAAGUAUUUUCUUCUAGAGAACGUGAGGACGUUCGUGUCAUUCAAUAAAGGGCAAACAUUUAAACUUACUCUGGCUUCUCUUCUCGAGAUGGGUUACCAGGUAAAUACUUUAUCUCGUUCCACACUUGUUACAAAGGCAGGUGCAUAUGGAGUUUCCCAAUCUCGCAAAAGAGCUUUUAUUUGGGCAGCUGCACCUGAUGAAGUUCUUCCGGAAUGGCCUCAACCUAUGCAUGUCUUUGCUACUCCCAAGCUGAACAUCUCUCUCUCCAAAGGUUUGCGCUAUGCUGCUGUUCCUAGUACUCGAUUUGGUGCUCCUUUCCGCCCAAUCACUGUGAGAGACACCAUUGGUGAUCUUCCACCAGUUGAAAACGGAGAAUCGGAGACCAAAAGACAGUAUCCAGAUGAUCCGGUCUCGUGGUUCCAAAAGGGGAUAAGAGGAAACAUGAUUGAUCUCAAUGAUCAUAUCUGCAAAAAGAUGAACGAAACAAACCUCAUUAGAUGCAAGAUGAACCCAAAGAGGCCAGGUGCUGAUUGGCGUGACCUCCCAAAUGAAAUGGUGAAGUUAUCAAAUGGGCUGCAUGUAAAUUUGAUUCCAGACUGUCUGCCAAACAAAUCUAGGAACCACAACCAGUGGAAGGGACUGUAUGGGAGAUUAGAGUGGCAAGGCAAUUUCCCAACUUCCAUCACCGAUCCUCGUCCAUCCGGUAAGGUGGGGAUGUGCUUCCAUCCUGACCAAGACCGAAUUGUCACGGUCCGCGAAUGCUCUCGGUCUCAGGGGUUUCCGGAUAGCUAUAAGUUCGCAGGGACAAGAAGAGACAAGCAUAAGCAGAUUGGGAAUGCGGUGCCUCCACCAUUGGCCUUUGCUCUCGGACGUAAGCUCAAAGAAGCUUUACUCAACAAGACUCUUCCACGCCAAGCCUUAAGGCAACCAUUGUAG